AUGAAGACACAGGUAUUGAUUACGGAUGUUCCCAAGAAUAAGUUUGACUCGAAGUGGCCAGAUACGCUGGAGAAGAAGUUGUUCAAGGAGAAGUAUCCACAGUAUAGGAAGCACCUGCAGUACUUCACGCCGCUUCCGUUCCUGGAUAGAGUUAUAAUUAUACUUGAUGAUGAGGCCGCCACGAUGGAGAUAUACGAGUAUUUGCAGAAGGAGGAGCCCAGUGUGGUCAAUGAUAAGAGCAUAAAACUGUACUUGACGGAGUCCCUGUUAUCGAACAGGUUCAGGUCGAGGUCGAUGGGAGAGUCUUCGCCAGAGGAUUCUAAUGCUGCAAGCAACGGGAGUGCUGACAGCAACAGUGCAAUUGGUGACAAACCUAUACUUUCACUAGAUACAAACCCAGUCAGCACGGGUAUUAACGUCCAAUCGUUAGCAAUGGGGAGUCCCUCUCUAUCCCCAGAUAGAAGAACGUCUCUUGAAUCGCCAACGUUAUUGAAGUUUGCAAAUGAUGAGAAGGCCCACCUUUACAGAGAGCCUCUCCCUACAAAGAGUGAUAGCUCAAAGGAAUCUAGUCCCGGUACCACGGAGCUUCAUAAGUCUCAGAAGCUGACAGUAUCGACAGACGCUGUAAACAAGAUGGCUUCAAAUACUCCACCACCUUUAAGCCCCAGUAUAACUGUCGAUGAGUUCUUUAACUAG